UCGGAACGUGUAGCGAAUCAGCGGCCCGUGUCUGGUUUGUUAAAAACCGUAGUCUGCUGCUCAUGGAGAAAAUGUGAGAGUUUUAAAUUACUAUGACUAAUUCGCCAGUGUGCUCUAACUGUAAAACUAUAAAAACUUGUACUGGAAUACAUUACCUGUGCGCUACAACAGCUUGUUCUGAAUGUGCACGUAAAACCCUAUGACAUAACAUGACAUUACCUGAACAGCAUUCACAGAUCAACUGAAGCGGCAGGACGCGAAGUAGACAGAGGUUCCAACUGUUGAUAACCAUGCAAACCACAAUUCAAGCUCGGGUGAAGUUCCUCGCGGAAACGUAUCCCAACAAAGAGGUGUUUGUGUUUGUGUCCACCACUGGACUACGAAGUGCGCUGUCAUGUCUGGACAUGUACGAGCUGUCCUCCAAGGUUGGAUCGCUUCUGAGAAAGGCGGGAAUUAAGCCAGGAGAUGUCGUCUGCGACACACUUCCCAAUUCUCCAGAAAUGGUCGUUUGUGAUUUUGGCAUCUUAGCAGCAGGUGGAGUGAUUCUCAACAAAACUGCUUAUCGCUCAGACGGAAGUGAUCUUUGUCAUAUGUUGAACACUUCAAAAUGCAAAGUGGUCAUAGCAGAUCAAACCCAGUCACCUUGCAUCUGGGAGAUCCUUAAAAGGCAAAUUGAUGAGAUAUCCAGUGAUGGCCUGGUCAAGUCUGAAAAGCUUCCAUUCCUAGAGCGUGUUAUAUUUGCUCCCAUAACUAAUGGGAACAACGAAUUUAUUAAGAGAAUUAAAACAGAAGACAUUUACUUUUACACUUCUGGCUCGCCAUCUGACACGGGAAUCAUCUGGAUGACAUCUGGAACAACAGGUCUACCGAAACUGAUUGUACGUUCACACGAAGCUGUGCUAAUCAAUGCUCGCAUCUUUGCAUCAAUGACCAAUGAGAGUUUUAGCACCAUACAUUACAACGAUAAUGCAAUGGGUCACGCAUCUUCGUUUGCAAAUUCCUUUUUGGCAUCGUGUGCGAAACGUGUUUUCAUAGAUCAUAGAUUCCAACUUCCCGUAGACCAAGAAAUGUUUAUUUGGGAACUGGUGUGCUCAGAAAAAUGCACAACAGCCUUGAUGCCACCUUUUGUCUUUAGAGGAAUUUUAAGGAAACCAGAGCUACUUAAAAAACAAAAUUAUCUUUUGGAUCUUCUGUGUACCGCUGGACAACCCGUGGACAAAGACUGGUCGGAGGUACUGGGUAAAAUAACGCGGUCUGCUUCUUUUGCAUAUGGCUUAUCUGAAAUAGGCUACUGUUGCUCACAACUGUGUGUGACGUCAUCGGAUAUGCUUCCCUAUGUUGCUGGUUAUCCGUCAGCAGAAGGCAUAGAGGUGAAGAUCGUAGAUGAGAAUCAGCAAGAAACAUCACCAAGUACGCAUGGCGAACUAUUGGUGCGUGCUCCGUGGAUGUUUGAUGGCUAUUUGGGAAAUGAAGAGAAAAGCAAAUCAAAAUUCACUCAGGAUGGAUGGUUUAAAACUGACGACCUGGCCUACAAGGACAAAGACGGGUGUCUCUUUGUCAUGUGUCGACGAUCUGACGCCAUUGCCUGGGGAAUGUGCACAGUGUAUCCGGCAUACUUUGAAACGCCCAUACGGUCAUUGUCAGUCAUUGCUGAUGUUAUCAUCGUUCCUGUUCCAGAUAAGGACAGCUUCCAAGAAAUUUGCGCAUGCAUCCGUCUGUGUGAAGGAAUUGCCCUUAAUGAGAAAGAGGUAGCUGAUAUGUGUGAUUCGUUGUUUGUUGAAGACUCCGACAUGCCUGCUCCAAAGUAUUACAUGGUAAUGGAGAACUUCCCGUACUUGACAUCAGCCAAGCCAGACAAAACCAAACUGAUCAGUUUGGCGAAAGAAAAGUUUAACCUCAAUUAAUAAACAGUUAUAGACAGAGAGAUGAUCAAGGAAACAAACGUGCUUAUAGGUAGAAAUCUGACAAGAUAAAUAUUUGUAGUUACAUCUGUUUGAAAUGUUUUGCGACGUCACUGCAGGACGCGCCAGCUGAUUAAACUUUUUAGCUGUGUGUUUAACCGGAACAUAUACAGAGAUCUGAGAUGAGAGAGGAAUUUUUGUAUUUCAGUUGUUUCAAAUAUCAAGUUUUGCAAUGUAAAAUGCAGUGACUACUUCAUAAAUGUUCUGGAUAAUGGCGGACAUAAUGAAGUAAAUAUGUAUUGUAUUAUUCAGAAGCUAUAGACAUUUGUAAGCUACAGUUUCAACCAUCGUUGACGUUUUCGACAUCAUCAACAGCAUCAUGAUCAUCACUAGAACUACCCCUGUCAAUUAUCAGAUUACUUUUUGUCUUACAUUAUUUAGUAAUGUUCUGUUGACAGAGCUUGGUACAGACAAGACUAGCAAUAGUGUCUACCAGCGCACCUGUCUGAGCAUGUCCUUUGUAAGGCUGCUCAUCUGCGCUGUGUCAGCUAUAAAACUGCAUCUGGAGAUGCUGCUUCCUUGUUCAACAUCUACCUGCUUUUUAUCACUCCUCUAGGUGGUUGGGAACGAUUGGCUUUAUGACUAAUCAUAUGAUCUGUAUUAUAAUUUUAUAAAUAUUUAUAAAAGAAAUUUAUUAAUAGAGUAUAUAAUAAAAAGAAAAACAUAAAAAUAA